UAAACAAACGGGAUAAACAAAAAGCCCAAGAAGACUGGUUUGUAUGCAGUGUCGCUUGCUGCUUAGGCGCUUAGGUCUGAGGGGGGGUCAUCCUAAAGGCAGUGGCCCUGUUGUUCAAUAGCGGAAAGUGAGCAGCUUUAUUAGUCUACUGACCCAGAACUUGACCCAACAGGGUUUCGGUGUGUGCCGGUAACCCACUUAGCGACGCACGUAACCGAGUAGGAGCGGUUUCGGCAGUGCUCCCAUGGGAAGGCACCAACGUAACCAUGUGCGAACAGCAGGACCUUGCGAUCUUGUGCUUUCAGCACUGUGACAAGAAAGCUAACGUCCUCUGUCUGCAGCUGCCGGAGAACUGUCCCAUUUGUGGGCUGGAGUUGGAAGAUGCCGAACUUCGUGUCCCGCCGUUCAGGAUACCGUACCCUUUCAAGAACUCGCAGAACGCGCCGUGCUCUAUCGUUAUCAAGCCUUCCAAAGGGGACUUCAUGCACAGUUACUCAAGCUCCUUGGACCUUCACACGGGGGUGACAGAUUCGAAAGGUCAGGUCUAUGAGUUCGACAAGAGCGGUCUGAAGGUGGGGAAGCUUCCUGCUUGGACCCAGUGUGUGGCCGUGCCGGUGAUCGCUCAGCAGAACAACGCCUGGUACGAGUUCUGGGACUACACAUUGAGUAUCACUGAAGGCCAGGAGCAGUGGAACAGUUCAGAAUAUGAUGAAAAAACCCACAACUGUUACUCCUUCGUAAUUGCAUUCCUGCGGAUGCUCCAAAUACCCGAACUCAAGCCAUCGCUCAAGGACAAGCUGACGUUCUGCUCAGACUUCCUGGUCCCUCACACCAAGAAUGUGGCGCGGUACAUCUUGCUGUACAGGAAGCUUCUCCAUGACAAGUGCUACGUGAAGAGGGGCCUCAGCGAGGCGCGACAGGCUCACUGAUGCUGCAGCUUUGUUUUACUUAGCAUUACUCCAGGAAGGAAGUGGUUGUACAGGAGCUUUUGGAAAUUAUCGGCUGAACCUUGCCUUGUUACCACUCUUGUAGUUAGGGUCAGGUGAUUUUCAGAUUAUUGCACUAUUUGUGUGCUUAUAAGCUACAAGAACAAGCUGUGAGUCAUACAGUGAUAUUAUUAAUAUGGGCACCUCUCUUCCCCCCAAAUAUCAUACAUAAUGUGAGUUGUCCAUAAUAAUGAGACAAAAGUGUGUGCAUUUAUCCAGUUUGUCCCCGAAUAUCUUGUCUGUACACUGAUCAACCAAAACUUUAUGACCACCCCUACGCUGUGUGAAUGAGCCUGCCUAGCUGACGCGCAAUCUGUGUUAUCUACCACCUGCUAAUGCGGAUGGUAGAGUUAAGAGCUGCGGGGGUACAGAAGGAUCAUUUUCUCGACUAUGUGUGCAUCUAUUGGGAAAAGCUGCCGAUUUAGGCGACUUUGACAAAGGGAAAACUGCGAUGACCCUACGGCUCAAAACGAUUAUCUCGGAAACUGCAAAGCUCGUUUUGUGUUCACGAGCUUCUGUCAUUGGUAUGUAUCAAAAGUGAAAAAAUGAUGGUGAAACUGUUUAUAGACACCAAGGCGUUGCACGUUCAUGCCUCAUAAAAAAUGUGGACGUUGAAGACUUUCUUACUUGAUGAAGCAAAAUAGGCAUUUACCUGUGGCUCACCUGACAGCUAGAUGGAAUGCAGGUCACGGUACAAGUGUUUCUGAGCACGAUUAUUGGCCUUUGUUGGAUGUGGGACUCCGCAGCAGACAGCCCUUGCAACCGUUUUGCUUGCCGAAGGUGAAUCUGCACGGUGUUAGAUGUAGGUUGUCAUAAUAUUUUGACUGAUCUGUGUAUAUUGGUAUGCACAUAGUAAUGUGACAUCACUGUAUCAGUUUCUUUGAGGUUAUAAGUGGACAUUUAUUUGCCAUUAUUUUGUGCACUUGGUACUCAUGAAAGAGGUUUGGAAAGUCAGAGUUUCACUGUUCAUGAUCCUGCUGGGAUCCCAGGGUGUUUUGGAAACCUUAGAAACUCUUCAUUGUAAUAUUGUUUUUUCAGUGCCUUGGAGAUUUUUCAUCAAAAAGGUCCCUCCCUGAGUAUGAAAUCAACAAAAUAAGGAGAAAAACAAUUGAGCUGGUAAUCAUACUUGAUUGCUUCAACCAACUCUUGCCUAGAGUGCACAAGCGGUGGGUGCUCUCAGAUACAUUGUGAAGUAUGAAAUUCAGAGGACAACAGCAAAAUCAAAACUAGGAGCUGCAGGCAUAGUCAAAAUAUAGGAACAUUAUGCAGGACCUGGCUUGAAGUUUGCUUUGAAACAGUAUUUCUUCAAGAGCAUAGUGGUGCGAUUCUCAGCAUUGGAAUACCUAGUGCUCUUUAGAGUACUGUGGUUCUUGAGUUCUAUGGUUGCUGGCUGGCACCAUGAAGAAGUUUCAGCAUAUUAUUCAGUCGUGUUAAAUGUCAUCUCACAAAUUAUCUGCAGUGCUUUCAAAUGCACAGGCAUGCGAGCACAUCUUCAUUGAGUGCCUUCUCUGCAUGACCACGAGUACAAGGGUAGCACUUGCUUUUCUAAAUGUUGCCGAGAACUCUUGAGACAAAAUAUUACUUGGGUCUUGCUUCUUUCUCUAGUCUGUUCAAUUAGGGAGCUGUGGCUUGCAGUGGUCUAUCAAUCUAUGCCGUUUGUAUAGCUGAUUGCUGCUCAUAAGUCAGCUAGUGCGAAGAACACAUACAAUGCAUAAAUUUCUAUGGAUAUGUUAUUUGGUUCUGCGAUUGAACCCUUUCAGUUAUUUUUUUUUUUUUCACGGUUACCUGUGUUUGUCUUUGGGCUUAAGUGCAGUGCAAGGAAGUGAUACAACUGCUAUCAUGACGAUAAGUGAGGUGAACUAGUGCCUAUUUCAUAUUUAUUACUAAAGGUGCCUGGCGGAUUUUUUGUAGACAUAUGACAAUCUACCGAGUUUUACUUACAAUGAAGCUGUCCUGACCACCGAGUGCUGAACAUUUAUAGUUUGCAUUUAAAAGAAAGCUGACCUGAACGCUUUUAUAAUUUUCUCUUAGAUGUGUGACAUUUUGUAUGUGCAAGUUAAGCAAGAAGUAUAAAUAGUAUUUGUGGUGCUAGGAUUCUCUAUUUUGCUCACUAAUGUACACUAGCUCAAAGCCAGCAAGUGAAAGUCUGCUGAAGAUAUUAUGUACUUUGAUUCAUAGCCUAUUUAUUUUAACUUCUAACAUCUUGUACAGGAAUCGAGGGGCAGUUUUGUGCUAACUGACGUGGCAACAAAUACACUCUUACAUAACUGCCUAUUGUAACCCAGGGAAUAGUAUUUUAGUUGACACAUUUGGCAGUAUAAUGGUGGUCCCUUCCCGGUGGAGUUGGAUUGUAAUAUUUAUGCCGAGUCAAUAUACCCUUAGGUCACUCGCGCUAUAUUUAUAAUAUUUAUUAUACCAAAUAAACAAUUUUUGCAGAA